CCCACAGAAUGUUGAUCAAAGUCUCCCUUGUACUUGCGGCAGCCACCCUGCUGUCUGCUGGACGUGUGCCCCAUUUGGAAAAACGCAUUAUUCUCGGAGAGGAUACAACCAUCGAGGAGAAUCCCUGGCAAGUGUCUCUUCUCAAGAAUGGUGUCCAUGGAUGCGGUGGUUCCAUCUACAGCAGUGAUAUUAUCAUUACUGCUGCCCAUUGUGUGGACCAGAAAAAAGCUAGCGACCUGCAAGUUCGAGUGGGCUCAUCAGAUAAAAACCAUGGCGGAACAGUCCACCAAGUGGCAGCGAUUAAAUAUCACGAGGGAUUUUCCCGUUAUACUAAGGCGGCAAAUGACAUUGCCGUCAUUCGAUUAUGUAAAUCACUCAUAUUUAAUGAUCGCGUACAGAGUAUCCCUUUGGCCGCAGAAGAACCCGAGGCUGGCACCAUAGCAAAGGUUACUGGUUGGGGUCGGAACUUGAAGGGAUCUGGACACGGCCCUCUUCAAGGCAUAGAGGUUUCCAUAAUAAGCAAGUGGCUUUGUAAACUGGAUUAUCUUGACUUGAGCAUCACAGAUGAUGUCAUUUGUGCCGGAACCUGGGGUAAAUCGAUAGCAAGUGGAGACUCCGGGAGCCCUUUGACUGUUAAUAGGAAACUUGUGGGAGUCGUCUCUGCUCGUAGCAGCUCCGCUAUUUCAGGACAGUAUGUCAGUGUGGUUUAUUUUAAAGAUUGGAUUCAAAAUGCAAUUGAAUCGCUUUCAUGUAUGUAAUUGAAGAAUUGUAAUUGAAAAUAUAUUGAAGCGAGCAUUCCAUAUUA